GCUCUCCUUGGCUUGCCUUCAUGACUCUGGGUAUGAAAAGGACUCGGCUGGUUGCGGGUCGCUUACUCGCCCCUCGUCCUUUGCCUGAUCUGCUGCUGCCCAUCAGGAGGAACAGAAGGACCAGAAACCAGCAUGUCGGACCAGUCGACAUUUGACACUGACGUAUGGACCCUGACCCGGUUCGUCAUUGAGACCGGACGCCAGGCAAAGGGGGCGACCGGUGAGCUGACCCAGCUCAUUAACGCCAUGCUGACCGCCAUCAAAGCCAUUUCUUGUGCUGUGCGAAAGGCAGGCCUGGUCCACCUGCAGGGCUUGGCGGGCUCUGUGAAUGUGACGGGGGACGAUGUGAAGAAGCUGGACGUGCUGUCUAACGAAAUGGUCAUCAACAUGCUGCAGGCUUCCUACAGCACCUGCUGCAUGGUGUCGGAGGAGAACAAGGAGCUCAUCAUCACUCCUGCAGAUAAGAGGGGAAAGUAUGUGGUCUGUUUUGAUCCUCUGGACGGCUCCAGUAACAUUGACUGCUUGGCUUCUAUCGGCACCAUAUUUGCCAUUUACAAACGGGUAUCAGAGGGGGAGCCCACAGAGAAAGAUGCCCUUCAGCAGGGGAACAACAUUGUGUGUGCAGGAUACACGCUGUAUGGCAGCGCCACCCUGGUGGCCCUCAGCACCGGCGCCGGCCUUAACUUCUUCAUGUUGGACCCUGCCAUCGGCGAGUUCAUCCUGACUGACAGGAACGUGCGGAUCAAGCAGAAAGGGAAGAUCUACAGUCUUAAUGAGGGCUACGCCAAGUACUUCCACCCCUCCAUCAAUGAGUACCUCAAGCACAAGAAGUACCCAGAGGACGGCGGUGCUCCCUACGGCGCUCGUUAUGUGGGCUCCAUGGUCUCAGACAUUCACCGCACCAUCGCCUACGGGGGGAUCUUCAUGUACCCCGCCAACGAGAAGAGCCCCAAAGGAAAGCUGCGGUUGUUGUACGAGUGCAACCCCAUCGCUUUCCUCAUUGAGCAAGCAGGAGGCCUCGCCACCACCGGCACCCAGAGGGUACUGGACGUCCAGCCGGAAGCGCUCCACCAGCGGGUUCCCUUCAUGGCCGGCUCCCCUGACGACGUCAACGAGUACCUGACCUUUGUCAAGAAGUACCAGUGAUUUACUUCAGGGACUCUCCAAAUAUUUCUAUUAAAAAA